AUGGAGACAUUAGGAGAUCAAAUUGUACCAACAUCAAGUUUUUGGGUAAUGCAGUCUCCAGAAUUAGAGUUUCGGCAUGAGCUGAUGGGCCGUUUAAACAAAUUGGACACCGAAAUUGAGCUCGAAGUGGUUCCUGGUAACAAUAAUAAUAAUCUCCAUCACAAUAAUCUUAAUUCCUCUUCGUCACCAUCUUCCUCGUCAGGCCUUUCAAAUUACGGAGGAUGCACGAGUAAUGGCUACGAUGUUGGAUAUCAAAAAGAGUAUUAUUAUGGCUCAAACAAACGUGAUCUCAUGUGCUCCACCGAAUCAGACGAGACAUUUCUGCGUCCCCCGCUGUGGGAGGACAUCACCAGCUCAAUUCAGAACAUUGAUCCGGAGAACGCUAUCAUGCUAAGCACACUCACCGGAGCCACGCAAGUCAAACUAGAAGCUGCCGAUGAUGCCUUUCUGGAGCCGCUCGACUCUCCGCUCCUCAGUCCCCUCGAAAUUAAGACAGAAAAAGUACAAAUUAGUCUGUUACAAUCGCCUCCGAAUCACAACAACAACCACUUGCAUCAUCACCACAAUGGAAUAUCGAAUAACAACAACAACAAUUCCUCGUACCACAACAACUCGUCGAGCAUGAGCAACAAUAGUUACCAAAUGAAUGGCGGCUACGGCAACGGACCGCCACCUCCGGGACACAUUCCGCCGCCACCGCAUUCGACAAACGGCAUGCAUCCGAGUGUGCACAUUCACGUCCAGAACAACAAUUACUACACGCCGGGCUGGCAAAAUGGCUCGCACAAUCCCUCACACAACCCGCAUCCAAAUCAAAACAGUUACCCGCCUAAAUUUUCGCCGCAAGGAAAUUUGUGUCCGCCACCAAUGUCGCGUCUCAUGUAUGUUCCUCCCCUAACACCACCGAACUCGGAUCCCGGAAGUCCCAUCAAUGGCAUGCAGACGACACGUGGACGCACGCCGCCCCCUCCUUACCAUCCGUCGCAACAAGUGGCGCCUCCACAAUCACAACAACACCAAAUAACUCAAUUAUCUCACAAUCAGCUAACGUGUACGCCGAUCCCGAUGCACCAGCAGCAACAUCCGCAGCAGCAGCAGCAACCACAACAUCCCCAACACCAAUCACCGGCAAGCAAUCACCCAAAUAGUUAUACGAGUACCAAUAAUGGCAAUUUGACGGGAAAUUCGCAUGCGGCAAUUGUGCUAAGUAGCGCGUCAGUGGCAAAAGCCGUCCACAGGUAUAAUCGACGAAAUAAUCCGGAGUUGGAAAAACGGAGGAUACAUCAUUGUGAUUUUAUGGGUUGUACAAAAGUAUACACAAAAAGCUCGCAUUUAAAAGCCCAUCAACGAAUACACACCGGUGAGAAACCAUACACAUGUCAAUGGCCGGAAUGUGAAUGGCGCUUUGCUAGAUCGGACGAGUUAACGCGACAUUAUCGAAAACACACAGGAGCCAAGCCUUUCAAAUGUGUCGUUUGCGAGCGCAGUUUUGCACGAAGUGAUCACCUGGCGUUACACAUGAAAAGACAUUUGCCCAAAAAUAAAUAA